GUUUCUCCACCAUACACUCUGAUUUUCCAUUUCAUUUCAUGUGAUGACCAUCCUUCUACCCUACUAUCAAUGUUUGUCUCUGGAUUAGACACACUAGAACGCAAAAGCGAGGGAAUGGCAACUGCAGCUUGUUUGAACUAUGGAGCGCCGGCCACGCUCAAUCUCCAGCAGAAGCAGCAAGGACUAAGAAAGAACUGCUUGAUAGAUAUAACGAUUUUGGGAAAGAGAAACAUUAAGACGAUUGGACUGAAAGGAGGAUAUGUUAAGGCAAAGAGAAGGAUUGGGAUGGUGAGAUGUAAUGGCAGAGGCAUUGGGGACUUCAUAGGAGGGGAUUUGUUGAAAUUUGAUCUGGGCCGUUGGCUGUCGGACGUUGAAGAGCACAAAGCCAUUGCCAUAUACACCCCACACGAGGGAGGCUACGAGGGCCGCUACCUUAACCGACUCAGAUACCAGGGCUACUAUUUCCUGGACCUCUCUGCUCGAGGCCUUGGAGAUCCUGAGACCACCCUCACCAAGAUUCACCCCGUUUGCCCUGCCCAUUUAGGGAAACAGCCCAUUGUAAGGUGGUAUUUCCCACCAGAGGUUGAUUAUAGGCUCGCUGCACUGCCUUCUGAUGCCAAGGGACUUGUGGUCUGGAUAAUUGAAGCCAAGGUUCUUUCCAAGUCGGAAUUGCAGUUUCUCGCUUUGCUUCCCACGCUGCGCCCUAGAGUCAGGGUCAUUGCUGAAUGUGGUAACUGGAGAAAGUUUGUGUGGAAGCCACUCAAAGAAAUUGCGGGACUAACUAUAAAUGAGGGAGAGUGACAACACAAGUCAACAUAGACGAAGUCAGAACACAUUUAUCCUCCUUCAAGCUUCACUCUGAUCUUCCUCUCAGCUGAAAAGGCCCCUAAGCUCUAUUUUUCUUGAACAAAUGUUGCAAAAAGUACAGAAUAAAUUUCAUCCAAGAGAAAUCAAUCACAAAUUUCACCCAAA